UUGUUCCUGUUUUCUGAGACUAUCGAGAUGUCAGUCACAGUCGACGAGCUCCGCACCACGAGCGACGUUGAUUUGGAGCGACAAAAUGCGAAACUUCAAAACACACAUCAUAUAGUACAUUCACUUGUAUCUCCUGUUGAAAAUGUGAAAAAGUUAGACUCCUCAGAAGUUGAGAAGAUUAAUAAAGAUAUGAAAAUAUUCGAGCUGACUGAGCAGCAAAUAGAACUUCUUCUAUCUGGGUCUGAUUUUUACACCAUAAAAGGAAGUGACAGCGAGAGUUGUGGAGUCUUUUCACGGGACAAGUCGUUCACGUUGCGAAGUGGGGAGACGUCAAAUACUUUGCUGUUCGCGUCAGAUAUUACUUUGCCCAAAGAAGGCAGCUCAACCCCUGAAAAGGUCACUGAGGUAAAAUCAACUCUUGUAGAAUGUUCCUCACAAGUAUAUUACGAAAUAACAGAGGGUCGACCAAAACUAUCACGUGCUUUAUCUUUGCUCAAGCCUGCGAGGCUCAAACUGAAAAGGAAUGAAAGUGACUCCACAAAUUCGGAAGAGGAGUACAAAUCAUACACCUUUUCAGAGCUAAGCUGCCUAAUCCAAGCAAGUGACUCUGAACUCAGACAAUAUUUAACUUACCGAAAUGUGAUGAAUGUUGAAAGAGCAAACUUGGAACUUAAGCUACUGGACGAUGCUUAUUACUCCCACGUUGCGAUGAUGAUUCUGAGACGACUUGAGGAGGAGUCAUACAACGUCGGCAAGGUUCCGAAAGAUGACUGCUUGGACUGCCUCAAAACAUUAGAACCUAGUGAUGUCUUGGAGUUUGUCUUUGAAAAACUUUUCAUCAAAAAUAACGACGAGAAUGUUUCGGGCGAGCUUUAUAAGUUAAACGAUAAAAACGUAUGCAGAUUAUUCGCAUAUUAUCUUUUAUCAGGUUUUGACAAGAUGUGUCUGGAACAAUUUGAGCAGGUGAUUUUAGAAAGCCUUCCUGAUGGAGUUGACUGGAAUUAUGAUUAUGUUAAUGACUGUUUGAUCACGUUGGAAGCACCUCAGAAAAAUCGAGAAGUUGUGACAUUUGUUAAAUAUUUCCCAGAAUGGGAGAUGACUGAUGACCCUCCUGAAAAGCGACUGGCCGAAUUGUGGACAGCCAAGGGACCUAAUGGCAAGUGGUCAUUGGCACAACUUACUCCAUUUUUGCUACCAGCUGUCGGGUUCAAGACACAAGGGGUAACUGCGUUACUAGCCAAGUAUGCAAAGAGUGUCACUGACCCAGUUACAAAACAUAAAGUCUAUUUCAAAAGAUACUGAGUGAUAUCUGGACUUCAAAAAGUUAUAUUUGGCAAUAUAUUUGGCAAGUUUUAUUUCUAUUGUUCAUUUUGACUAUAUUUGUUACUUGUUCAAUUGAUUUGUUGUUUGUUUUUAAUAGUGUAUUUUUCUUGAUUAAUUAAUUUA